GUCCUUAUAAACACACUAUAGGUAUACGUAAUUAAUGUUUAACCUAACAUGAUUUAAACUGACAGUAGUGAAGUUAAUUUUAUUGAUAUAAUUUAUUUGUAAACAACGUUCAAGAGAAAUCAUCAAUUAAAAUAAACGUAAAACAGUACAAUGAAACGAUUCAUUAUUUUUUCUAUUCUUAUAAUUUGUGGAAUUUUCGACACUUUUGCCGAAACGUGUCAGAAGCCUGAAGUCGUUGCCUCUGCGUAUGUCACAGAAGAUGCGACAAUUCUGACAAAUGUUGCAUUCACAACACAAUUUGUGCUUAAGUGUAGUAAUGGUGUGAAAGGUAUUACCUUAUACGCAGAGGUUGAUGGUAAAUCAUUACCAGCUGCCAGAUUAAGUUCUGACAACAAAUAUCAGGUUUCUUGGACAGAAGAUGUAAAAAAAGCACAUUCUGGAGAUUACAAUAUAAAAUUAUAUGACGAUGAAAGAUAUGCAGCUAUACGUAAAGCAUUAAGAAAUGGAGAAGAUCCAAAUAGUGUGAAACCUUUGGUUGUUGUAGUGCUUAAUAAUCCAGGCAUAUAUCGUGGACCUUGGGUUAAUUCAGAACUCCUUGCUGUCCUUUUAGCUGCCUUAGUCUCAUAUUCCGCCUUCUCUUCUAAAUUCAAGCUUCUUGCUUAAUCAUUUUUUAUAAAUAAUAAAUUUGUUAAAGUUCUUAUGUAAAUUAAAUAUUACUUAAACAAA